AUGUUUCGGCACCGUAGCUCCCUCGUGCAAGUAUCAUGGUGUGUCGACCUUAAGUUCCCUCCGAAAUUUAAAUUCGGGGCUGCCACAGCAUCUUAUCAAAUAGAAGGAGGCUGGAACGCUGACGGUAAAGGAGAACAUAUAUGGGACAGGUUAAUACAUACGCACCCUGAAAAAAUACAAGAAAACGCGACAGCUGAUGUCGCUGCCGACUCAUAUCAUAAAUGGCGUGAGGAUGUUAAGAUUGCUAAGGAACUGGGACUUCAGUUUUACAGAUUUUCCAUAAGUUGGACGCGCAUUCUACCAGAUGGUUUUCCGAAAAACAUUAACAAAGCCGGAGCAAAGUAUUACAGCGACCUCAUAAAUGCUCUUCUCGCUGAAGGUAUAGAGCCAAUCAUCACAAUGUACCAUUGGGAACUGCCUGUAAAAAUUCAAGAUAUGGGAGGUUGGGCAAAUCCCCUCAUCGUCGAUUGGUUUGGUGACUACGCGAGAGUCUUGUACUCUCUCUACGUUGACCGUGUCAAAACCUGGCUAACUGUCAACGAAGCGAAUGUUGUCUGCGAUUGUGGUUACAAUGCUGGAAUAUAUGCACCUCUUAUUAAAGAAACUGAAUUCGCCCCAUAUAUAUGCAAUAAAAACAUAUUGCUUGCUCAUGCUAAGGCAUACAGGAUAUUUGAACAUGAAUUUAGGCACAGAUAUUAUGCGCGAAUAUCUCUCGCAAAUAACCUUAUGUGGAUUGAGCCCUACUCACCCGAAGACAGCGAACUCGCGGAGCUUGCACGAAAUCAUGCGGUAGGUAGAUAUGCCUAUCCAUUUUUUUCAAAAAAUGGUGGUUGGCCUCCUUCCACGGAAAAGGUGAUGCUGAAAUAUAGCCGUAAGCAAGGGUACAAUGAGUCCAGGCUUCCCGCAUUUACUGAGGAAGAGAAGAUAUUUGUAAAAGGCACAGCUGAUUUCUUAGGCGUCAACUAUUACACUACAAAUAUGAUCAGAUCAGCCAAACCAGGAGAAGACCCUGGCAUUUGGUUCUUAACUGGUGCACCAGAAUUAAAUGGUAUAUUGGAACAGCCUCCUAAUGCAUAUUAUGGACAUUCCAAAAUUUUACCGAUAUAUCCUGAAGGCAUCCGGAAACAGAUGGCGUGGUUAAAGGAACAAUAUGGUGAUAUCGAUAUCCUGAUCACAGAGAACGGCUAUUCUACGAGCAAUUAUCAGCUCGAAGACUAUGAUAGAGCUGACUUCUAUUACAAGCACUUGGAACAGGUGCUGUUAUCGAUUAAAGUGGACAAUGUCAGCGUUAUAGGCUUCGCAGCGUGGUCAUUGUUAGACAACUUUGAGUGGUUGGCUGGAUAUACGUCGAAAUUUGGUCUCUACGAAGUGGACUUUGAAGAUCCUGAUAGAAAAAGAACGCCUCGAGCAUCUGCACAUUUCUACGCAUGCGUAAUCAAGAACCGGUCACUCAACGAUACUUGCCUUAAUAAGAAGUUCAUCGCUGGAUCAUUGCAUUACAAGCGGACGAAUUCAGCGGACAGUGCCCAAAAUUACAGAAAAAGCCUUAUGAGACUCUGA